AUGUUCAAUAGCCGAGGUGUUCCCACCCGCACCGCGGGGCAGGCUCUUACGCCUCGCCGCGAGAGCGUUUCGGACGACCCCGAGGUCGACGGCUUUUGGAAGAGAUGCCUCGCCGCCCACCCCACUUCCAACGACGAGGUGGAGGUGCGGCAUGUGGUGGCGCAAUACGACCGUGAGUUUGGACCCGCCUCGGCACUGGACAAGCGGUGCCUCGUUGCCAUUCUCGCACAAGGACAGAAAGAGGGUGACGGGGCCAGUCUCAAAAAGAGCGACUUCGUCUUGUUCCUCUCCCGUUUCGGACCCCUCAAGCUGUGCGUGGGCAAGGUGCGAAGCGUGCUCGCCGAGGGGCGUCUCUGGUUUCACGGGAACGGAGACCGGGACCAGUGCCUGCGGCUGCUCGACAACAUGCCCUCCAACGACAAGGCCUUCCUGGUGCGGUACAGCACUCGAUCUCCGGGCGCCUUCUCCAUCCACUACGUGAAGGGCGGGCAAUCGCGGAUCUUCAACGGCAUCACCAACAACACCAAGGGCGAGGGAAUAAACGUUGCCUCCGACGAUCAAUCCCUCUCCUACUCUACGUUCGCCAGUUUCAUCUCCAAGAACCCGCACCUCUUCGCCCAUCCAUGCCCCGGACCUGCCACCGAUUCCUUCCAGAGGCUGAAGGAGGACAUCGCCAUCCAGAUCGCCCAAGAGGCCAGCGGCAAUGUCUAUUGCAUCAGCGAAAGCUUUGUGGCCGAGGAUGAACCCGAAGAGGAGCCAGACACAGUCGAAGGAAAGGUCAAGGCCGCGCUGGACCGGUGUCUGCAAUCGGGCAACCACACGGCAGCGCUGAGCGGCCUCGGCCUGGCCGCAUUCCCCGAAGCCGAAUCAGCGAGGUGGCUCAAGCUCAACGACACGCUGGACACCUACUGGGUCGACCUCUCGGAGAACAACCUCAGCAUCCUGCCCGCCAAGAUCAGCAACCUCCUGGCCAGCGCCUCGCUGCUGAACGUGGCGCACAACCACCUGUCCAAGCUGCCGCCCACCUUCUCGCUAAUGCGCAACCUGCGCGCGCUCGACCUGUCGCACAACAAGUUCACCGACAUCCCCACCGAGCUGUACCGGCUCAAGCAGCUCGAGGAGCUCCGCAUGACCAACAACUACCUCAUCUACAUACCCAACGUCUUCUUCGAGGAGAUGGCCGGUCUGCACGUGCUCGACCUCUCCGGGAACAAGAUCGUCGAGCUGCCCGCCAACGUGUCUCGCCCCGCGCUGGAGGUCCUGGACAUCCACAACAACCACAUCCACCACCUGCCUCGCGUGCUUGUCAACCUCUUCGAAAAACUCAAGGAGCUCAACGUAGCGGACAAUGAGCUCGAUCUGCCGUUCGAGGUCACCUCCGGAAGCGCGGACAGGAUUAUCAACUGGAUGAAACACCAGGAUCAAUCGGACGACGAAGAGGACGAAGGCGACCUCGAGACGGACAUGGGGUAUGACGACGAUGACGAGCCCGAGUACGAGGAUCUUCUGGAGCCGCCGCCGGAGAACGCGCCCUCAAACUACGCCGAGCCUCCCGAGCUUCCGCCUUUCAAGAAGAACAAGAAGAAGGCCAAGCGAAGUCGGUGGGAGCGUUACCAGAACCAACCGCUCCACAACUACUGCGUGGUCGACAAGGAGGCCAUCAGAAGCUCCGGCAGAUCCUCUUCCCGCAGCCAUUUCCUCGGACGGGAAAGCCGCGAGCGGAGGCCCACGCUUACUGCGUCUUCGAUCGUGACCCUCCCCAACUCAGAGUUUAAAAUCGAAGCCGGCGACUCGCAAGCGCCCUUCUCGGCGGCGACGUUCUCCAUCGACAGCCAGAACGACUGCGUCGAGUACUCCAAGUAUUUCAUUACCAAAGUUCACACCAACUUUGUGGGCGUCGAUCCUGUGGACACGCCUCAUUCGCAGCUCGACGCAAGUGGCGAAGUCUAUCGCGCUCUCGUCAGAACAACCGAUGAGGAUAAGCUGUGGGACAUUCCGGCCUCGCUGCUCAAGGAGCGCAAGAAGGUCGCUGUAUCAAAGGACCUCUUGAAGGCACUCCUCAAAGUGACGAAGCCGCACUUGAGCAACGCAAAGAUGCGAGUGGUUCGGCAAAAGAACGCACAGGCUCAGUUCCUCAAGCUCGACAACGUGCUUCGGAUGCCACAGCAUUUCCGCUUCGGAGUCCUGUACGCCAAGGACGGCCAGACAUCAGAGCAGGCUGUGGGGAGCCCCGCCUUCAAGCACUUCCUGGACUUUUUGGGCGAUCGCAUCCGCCUCAAGGGGUGGAGGCGUCAUCGGGCCGGACUCGACGUCAAGACUGACUCCACUGGCACCGAGUCCUACUUCACGACAUUCGAGAACUUCGAAGUCAUGUUCCACGUCUCUACUCUUUUGCCGCUCCUCCCCAACGACCCCAGCCGACUGGAGAGGAAGCGCCACAUAGGAAAUGAUGUGGUGGUGAUCAUCUUCAAGGAUACUCAGCCCGGCAAGCCCUCCUCGCCCCUCCCGAUACAGUUCGCCUCUCAUAUGACCCACGUAUACGUGGUGGUCGAGAUUGAUCACGCCCGUUCCACCGAUGAGCAAGUCGUGUACCGAGUUAACAUCGCAUCCAAGGACGAUGUGCCGGACUCGGAGCCUCACCUGCCGUCCCCUCCGGUCUUUGAGGAAAGCGAACUGUUCCGCACCUUGCUCCUCACCAAACAGCGGGCUUCCUACCUGGCGGCGGAGCUCAAGAUGGCGAACAAGCGAAAGCGGAAGGCCAUCCUCGAGGACCUCGAGAAGGAGGUGUUCCCCAAGACUCUCAAGAAGCGCGACGAAGACAAAACGAAGAGCUACUACCUGCCCAUUCCCGUCGAUGAGUGGAAGAACACCUGA